AAAAAAAAAAAAAAAACAGUGAAGACGAAGAAGAAGAAGAAGCAUGAUGGCUCAAUCCUUUAAGUUUCUUCGUCUCAACACUUGUUCAAAUCCUCGCCUUAGCUCUUUCCUAUCCCUCAAAUCUUGGAAUGGAAUUGCUUGGAGAAGGGUAUUCAAUUCUCAGGCAUCUUCUGCAGGUUCGGAAUUUGAGUUUGAUGAGGUCCACAAACAUUCUGAGUUUGAAUGUGAUGAGGUCACCAAUGAUGCCAAAGUUACAGAGAAAAACACUGCAUUACGCUUGGCUCUUUCACAGCUUGCAUGUGACUUUGGCACCGAGUCUAUGUUAUCAUUGCAACGCUUCUUUGGUGCUAGACGUGCACCCGUGAUAUCAACUGGCUCACUUAAGCUUGAUCAAGCACUAGGCAUUGGAGGAUUGCCAAAGGGAAGAAUUGUUGAAAUUUACGGGCGGGAAGCAUCAGGCAAGACAACUCUUGCUUUUCAUGUGAUCAAAGAGGCUCAAAAACUUGGAGGUUAUUGUGCAUACCUUGAUGUGGAGAACGCAAUGGACCCCUUGCUCGCAGAAGCAAUAGGCGUAAAUACAGACAAUCUCCUUAUUUCCCAGCCAGAUUCUGCUGAAAACCUGCUGAGUGUAGUGGAUACUCUGACAAAGAGUGCAUCUGUUGAUGUUAUUGUAGUUGAUAGUGUGGCUGCUCUUAUUCCGCAACUUGAGAUUGAUAGGUGUAUCGGUGACGGUGAUUCCCAGAAAGAUGCACAAUCCAAAAUAAUGACACGAGCACUCCGGAAAAUUCAUUAUUCACUCUGCAAUUCUAAUACUCUUAUUAUUUUUGUUAACCAGGUGAGAUCAAAAGUGCAAUCAUCCAAAGCUUUUGGACGUGCAGAGGAGGUAACUUGUGGCGGAAACGCAUUGCCAUUCUAUGCUGCUGUGAGAUUGAGAAUGAUUAGAAAAGAACUGGUCAAGGCUAAUGACAAGAUUACUGGGCUUAGGGUUUCUGUGCAAGUAGUGAAAAACAAACUAGCUCCUGCAAUGGCAAAUGCUGAAUUAAGAAUAGAGUUUGGGAGAGGCAUUUGCGAUGAAGUUGAGGAGGCAUUGGAACUGGCUUGUGAACAUGGAGUCAUUUUACGAGAAGGAAACGGGUAUUUCAUAGAGGGGGAGGUUUUAAACAGCAAAGAAGAAGCUGAGGCCUAUCUUGCUGAAAAUGAUGGGGCUUUAGAUCAAGUUAUAAAAUCCUUAAGAGCCCAGUUAUUUAGAAGAGGGGGAUCGUCGUAGCAAACACUAGACUGACCUUCAAAAACUCAACCAUGGAGAAGAACCAGUGCUGCUUGCUCCAAGAAAGUCCUAUCUGAGUCCUAUCAGACUGAAAAGCUACGUCUUUGUGUAGAGAUGAAGCCGGGCAUUAAAGUUUAUGCCUUUCUGAUACAAUUUGCUGUAAGAGCACAGAGUCACCCACUCACCCGACAGAGCUUUCAUUCCUUGCUGUGGGAACUUGUAAUCCUUGUCAUUUGACGAUAGAGAAGAAUGGAAUAUCAAAGCUACUUUUUUUGUGUUGUAAUUCAACAUGCUUUGACUGAGUCUUUGACACAAGUGAUGGUUUUUAUGUUGGUAGGUAAGUGUCAAAGGAUGCUAGUUGUCUUA